CACCCCACAGGGCCCCUCAGAGCCAUCCUGUCCCAGCCACAGCCAUGGAGUCGGUGGCUCUGUACAGCUUCCAGACCACGGAGAAGGAUGAGCUGCCCUUCCACAAAGGGGACACCCUGAAGAUCCUCAACAUGGAAGAUGACCAGAACUGGUACAAGGCUGAGCUGCACGGCUGUGAGGGCUUCAUCCCCAAGAACUACAUCAAGGUCAAGCCUCACCCCUGGUAUGCAGGAAGGAUCUCCCGGCAUCUGGCAGAGGAGCAGCUCCUCCAGCGCAAGCACAUCGGAGCCUUCCUGAUCCGAGACAGUGAGAGUGCUCCGGGGGAGUUCUCCAUCUCCGUCAACUAUGGGCAGCACGUCCAGCACUUCAAGGUGCUCAGGGAGAGAAAUGGCAAAUAUUACCUCUGGGAGGAGAAGUUCAACUCCCUCAAUGAGCUGGUGGAUUUCUACAGGACCACGACCAUCGCCAAAAAGCAGCAGAUCUUCCUGCGGGAUGAGGACCAGGGACAGGAGGUGAGACCCAGGUUCGUGCAGGCCCAGUUUGAUUUCUCCCCCCACGACCCAUCCCAGCUUCCCUUCCUCCGCGGGGACAUCAUUGAGGUCCUGGACUGCCCCGACCCCAACUGGUGGCAGGGGAAGAUCUACGGGCGCAUCGGGCUCUUCCCUCGCAGCUACGUGCACCCCAUCUGCAAGUGAGCUGCUAUGGGCGAGCAGGGGGGGACCACGGCCCUGCUGCCCCCCACUCACCGGACUGCACAUCCCCUUGUCCCCAUGGAUGGUGCCGGUACCUCCGCAGGGCUGGCAGCACACAAGGACUCGGUGCCAUGGGGGCUGUGCUGGAGGUAAUGGACAGGAUCAUGGGGAUCCCCAUCCAAGGGUGCCCAUUUCCAGCAGCCUGGAAUGUCAGCUCUCCCUGCUCCCUGCCCAGGAGACCUCCAGCAUUCCCAGACCAGGCAUUGCCUUGCAUUGGGAGCAGCACAGAGCAUCGGACCGCGGCCAUAAAACCUUCUCCCGAGCCUGAUGGGAUGGCAGCUAUGGAGGGGAUGAGAAUGUGUAUCCCAAACCUUUGCUCCUCUCCAGGGCAAGCAAAGCCCAGGUUCCAAGCAGGGCUGCAGGCAGCCGGGAUGCGGCCAGGCUUGGUUCCUGCAUGGAGGGAUGCUGGGAAAGGCUGAUCCAGGGGGUUCAGUCCUGCUGUAAAUAGCUGCAAAUUGUACCUUUUGUGAUGUAGUUUUACUCAGAGCUGGUAAAACGUGU